UUCCUCACCAAAGAGGAGCGUCAGAAUCCGGAUCCGGAUCCGGAUCCAGGUUUCCGAAACGGAUCCUUCCUUUUUCACUUGAAGUUUCAAACGCUCUCUUUUCCACCAACAGAGAAGGGAUAAAAGUUUUCAUAAAUUAAGAAAAACCCCUAAAUAUUUAGUAUAUUCGUAAAAGAACCCCAAAUAUAAGAAUGUAACAUUAAACACCCCUCUGUUCCAAUUGUUUGAGUAAAGUCCACUUUAAUUUUAUUGAAUUUCGAUUAUCAGGAUUUGCCAAAGGCUUGCAUCAUGGCUUAUUCUUCAGUACCAAGCUGUUUCCAUGGCUAUCUCCAUCGUUGUUCGUUCUCCACCACCCAAUUUUAUGCGGGUUCUCUCUCUUGCGGCUUCUCUGCUUCUCCCACUUCGAGAAUAAGAACAUGUGUCAAAUUCGACAAGUUUCAGGGUGACUCUCCUCUUGAACCAACCACAUCAGUUUCUACUUCCUCUGUUUCCCAAGAACUACCAUUAGAAGAAGAAGCUCAAGACCAACUAGAAGACGAUGACUGUUUGCCUAAUGAUUUGGAAGGAGCUGUUAGGCAAUCAGGUGAAGCAGGUGCUGCGUUUGUGAACUCAGGAGGAACAAGAGCUAUCGUGGAGCUUUUAAUUCCCCAGCUGCAGUUUUUAGAUGAUGAAGGUGCACAAGCUGAACUUUGGGACCUUUCGCGGGUUUUCUUGGAUACUCUCAUUAAAGAAACAGGUUGUGAGAGAGUUAAAGCCGUAUUUCCAGAUGCUGGAGCUGCUGCAUUGCUAAAAUACCGGUGGAAAGAUGCAACGUUUGGAUUUGCUAGCUUAAGUGACAGGAAACCAGUGGAGAAAGAAGAUGAGAUCAUUGUCAUGGUUGUUCCUGACUACCAAAUGCUGGAAUAUGUUGAGAAAAUUGCAAAAGGGCUUGCUGAUGACCCGCCAAGGCCUCUCAUUAUGUGGAACCCUCGUCUUAUAAGCGAGGAAGUCGGGGUUGGGUUUAACGUGAGAAAACUAAGGCGGUACUUCCUAAGUUCUUUCACUACGGUUUACUCUAUGAGACCUCUGGCUGCUGGUGCUGUUUUCAGGUGUUAUCCUGGUAAAUGGAAAGUCUUCUAUGAUAAUAAAGACAGACCAGGGCGGUAUCUACUCGCCAAGGAACUCAUUGGUCGGCCUGAUGCUGAGGAUCUUGAGAUAAUAUAUGGGGGCGUAGAAGAGAAAUCAGAAGAAGGGCCAUCUUUAUUGAGUCAAGCUGCUGGAAUUUUCUCAUCCAUUAACAGGUUCAUGAAAUCAAUGUGAAGAUGAUAUCCUCUCUGCAAUAUUAUACUGUUUAAAUGUUUGGUAUCAGAAAUGUCACCAAAGGGUACACUGUAUAUCUUUGUAUGCUAUUACAUCAUGAUGAGUAUAUCUUUGUACUCGUAAAAAGUUCUGUUCCUUCUAUGCUCUCGAAUUUAAUCGGAAUCAACCCAAAAGUCAGUUUCUGUAGCUAAAAUGCAGAUUCUAUGAAUGAGAGAGUUGAUACAAUGUAUUCUCUUCUGUUAUAUGGAGACGUUUCCGUUUGGCUGGUU